UUCUUCUCGUGUUUCCGGCGCCGCCCCGGAGGCUGAGCAGCAGCAGCCUGACGAUGGAGCACAAGCUGAUCCUGGCGGUGUCCGGCUUCCCGAGUCUCUACGACACCAACUCCCCGACCUACCGGGACCUGAACAUGCGGGCCGACUCCUGGAGACACGUGUCCGAGCUCGUCGGGGUCCCCGAGUCCGAAUGCAGGAGGAAGUGGAAGACGCUGAGGGACCAACACCGGAGGGAGAGGCAGCGGGAGAAGGACCGGCGUGAGAGCGGCAUCGGGCUCUUUAACUACAGGCCGUGGAGAUACUCGGCCAUUUUGUCCUUUUUGAACCCGUUCAUCGAUGCCAGAGCCGCAGGCUGCAACGGCUGGGCUCUGGACCCGCAGCCCUCCCAGCUCCACGCCUCUGAAAUGGGCUGCAGCACGACCACCGAAACACGGAGCGACGACGAGGAGAAUUACGCAGACAUCUCUGUGGGCGAUGCCACAACAACAACGACAUCCUCCUCCUCUGAGUUCAUUCACAGGAAGCGUCCGUCUUCCGCCAGCAGAGACGCCAUCGCGUUCAAAGAAGCGAAGAUGGAGGUGACCUCUGAGAGCGCCGCCAGAGACGACUGUGUGCAGAUGCAGCAGCACGAUAACAUGAAGGAACUGUUCGAGGUGAUGAUGCAGUCCGUCACGUCUCUGGCCGCGUCCUUAGCCUCUUCGCACUCUUCCUCGCAGCCCUCGGAUCAGUCGUUGCCUCCCGCUCACUUCUCACCUGCAGCGCCGCCGUCCUGCACCACCUCCAGGCUCAACCACUUGAAAACGGAGGAGCCGGAGGCCGAGGUGGUGGAGCUGCUGGACGACCAAACAGACGAGGAGGAGGAGGAGGAGGAGGCGUGCGGCGCCACGGCGUCCACCAGGCCGACCCGGGCCAAGAGGAAGAGCAGCGACAGCCUGCUGGAGGAGUACCUGAGGAGGAUGGAGGCCCGGGAGGCUCAGAGAGACCGGGACCUGGACCAGAGAGACCAUGUCACCCUGUUUUUACUGAGCUUGGCUCCGGCCAUGAGGAGACUUCCUGCUGAGAAACAGUCGUGGGUCAGAACCAAGAUGCAGCAGUUUCUACACGAGGCCGAGUUUGGUGCUACGAGUUUUCAGUGAACACAAAAUAUAUUUUACAUUUUUAUAAAUACUGUACGGAUCUUAUAAUUGUGGACUUUAACAUAAAAAAUAUAUUCACCUACAAAGGAGUUUGUUUUCUGCAUUUUUACGAUACUGUAACUUCUCCUUUCUCACUUUCUUUUGUGCUGUUUUAUAAUAAAAGCCCUCUUGUGACUCAUUUCUAUUUUUAAAUAUGAAUUAUUAAUCAUAGUGUGGAUGUUAAAUAGCAUAAAUCUUUACGUGAAGAAAACAAAGAGAUACAGCUUCAUGAUUGUUGUAAAGAUUAAACAGUGAAAUAUAUUGA